GGAGUGUUGAAGACUUUGUACCUUUAUGUCCCCACAAAGAAGAGCGAUGGUAGCUUUCUGAUGAAAUCAACAAUGUUGCUGAGGGUCUUCAUCGCCUUUGUUUUCACGCUCCAGGGCUCCCAGCCGGCUUCAGUCUUUCUGGAGCCACCAGAGGCCCAUGGCGUCCUGGUCCGGACUCGCCGGUACAACUCUGGCUGGUUUGAGGAGCUGAAAAUGGGAGAUCUGCAGAGGGAGUGUUUGGAGGAGAAAUGUAGCUUCGAGGAGGCCAGAGAGGUGUUUGAACACACGGAGAUGACGAAUGAGUUCUGGAAGCAGUAUUCUGUCCCUGACAGCUGUAAAUCCGGUCCCUGUCAGAACGGAGGGACCUGCAUCACUGAUGGAGCGUCCUACGCCUGCUUAUGUUUUCCUCUGUUCAGGGGAGUCAACUGUGAACUCGAACAGCAGAAGGAGCCUGACAUUUGUCUGCUGCAGAACGGAGGCUGCGAACAUUUCUGCGAUGAAGACACGUAUGGACGAAGACUAGCGUGUUCAUGUGCUGAUGGUUACAAGCUGGACACUGAUGGACGAAGCUGCAUCACAGAAGAGCAAAUCGCAUGUGGCACAGUCCCCGUCCUACAGGACGUAACAAAAGACAACCUGCUGAGAAUUGUGGGAGGAACCGAGUGUCCGAAAGGCGAAUGCCCUUGGCAGGUUUUGCUGAUUUAUAAAGGCAAGGGUUUCUGUGGAGGAGUGAUUUAUAAACCAACAUGGAUCCUCACAGCGUCUCACUGCCUAGAGAACACCAACCCACAGUUACUGAAAGUGGUCGCAGGUGAACAUGACAUUAUGGUUAACGAGUCCACUGAGCAGGUCAUCCAAGUUGUAGAGAUCAUCAUGCAUGAGAACUACAUGACGAGAACUGCUGACAACGAUAUUGGCCUACUACGCCUAGCGUCUCCAAUAGUUUACUCGCCGUACGCGGUCCCGAUCUGCUUGCCAACGCAACCGCUGGCUGAACGUGAACUCUGGGCGGUGGACCUGCACACAGUGAGCGGUUGGGGGAAGCGGAGCGAGAACGGGCCCACUUCAGUCGUCCUUAGACGUACCAAGGUGCCCCGCAUACGAAAGCAGACCUGCAAAGAGGAAAGCGGCGUGCUGCUCACUGAGAACAUGUUCUGUGCUGGGUACCUGGAUGGUCGGACAGACUCAUGUAAAGGUGACAGCGGUGGCCCAUUGGUGACAACGUACAAGAAGACACAUUUCCUGCUAGGGAUCGUCAGCUGGGGGAAGGGCUGUGCCCGACCAGGCAACUACGGCAUCUACACUCGAGUGUCCAACUACCUGGAGUGGAUCCACAACCGAACAGCAACACCAGCUCAGAGUGAAAACACCACAGAGACUGACCUUAGCUCUGCUACAUUAACUGUACAGUAAUUGUUCCAUAUCAGUACCUAAUUCUGUAGUUUUACCCAUAAAUGUUUGUUGAGAACCAUUUAUGCAAAUAGAUUAAGUUUAAACUGAAAAAAUCGUAAUUCUUUUGUGCAACAAGUUGGAACUGAUUAACUUUUAACACAAUUCAGAUAAUCUGAGAUACUGAGAGUGUUGCUGCUUGGACAAGAGAGGUUCUUCAUGGUUUGUUGUGUAAAAGGCUAAAGGUUUGUACAAUCUGAGUCAAUAAAGAAAAUAUUUUAUGGUU